AUGUGCAGGUUCACGCUCACCACAGAUAAGACACACUGGUCAAGUCUCUGUUUGAUCAUCGCCAGCUUGGCCUCUUCCUCCAGGCUGGUGUGUUACUAUGACAGCGAGGCUGCAGAUAGAGAGGAUGAGGGAAAGUUCACGGUUUCAGAUAUCGAUCCGAACAAGUGUACCCAUCUGAUCUAUGCUUUUUCUGACAUCAAUACCCAAAACGAGCUGGUCCCUAGCAGUGGGACUGACAUACAACGCUAUCAGUCCUUUAAUGGACUCAAAACCAGGAAUCCACUGCUCAAAACCCUGCUGGCUGUUGGUGGCUUGACCUUUGACACACAAAAAUUUACUGCAAUGGUGGCAACAAAACAAAACAGAGAAACAUUCAUCCAGUCUGCUAUAAAAGUAUUGAGAGAAAAUGGGUUUGAUGGGCUAAACCUUGACUGGAGGAACCCCAGAGGAGCAGGAAGCACAUCAAAGGACAAGCAGAGAUUCACAAUGCUUUGCAAGGAGCUCAAAGAGGCCUUUGAGUAUGAGGGGGAAACAAUUAACCGUGACAGCCUAAUCAUCUCUGCUAGUGUCUCUGCUGAGAAAGCAACCAUCGAUGCCAGUUAUCAAAUCCCACAGAUUGCCAAGCACCUGGAUUUCAUUAAUGUGUUGACAUUUGAUUUUCACGGCCCCUGGGAAAGUGUCACAGGACAUCACAGCCCCUUAUACAACGGAUCCCAGGACACAGGAAACAAAACGUACUCUAACACUGACUAUGCUAUGCGGUAUUGGCGGGACCGGGGAGCACCAGCACAAAAGCUAAACUUGGGGUUAGCGGCAUACGGGAGAGCUUUUGAUCUCUCCACUGCCUCCAGUGAUGUUGGAGCACCAGCGAAUGGUCCUGGUGAAGAAGGAUGUUACACUGGGGAAGAGGCUUCUGGGCUGCUUCCUUUUGUUCAGACAUGCCUUUAUCUUGAUGGAGUUACAUCCGAGCUGAUACUUGAUCAGAAAGCUCCAUAUGCCACCACAGAAAAUCAAUGGGUUGGAUUUGACAACAAAAAAAGCCUUGACACUAAGGUCAGUUACCUAAAGACUAACAACUUUGGAGGAGCGUUUCUUUGGUCUCUGGACCUAGAUGAUAUGAAUGGACAGUUCUGCAAAAUGGGCAACAACCCUUUCCUCAGCCACCUGCAUAAUCUCCUGUUAACCACUAAAACACCUUCUGGAAACGGCUGUGUUGGCCGAACGGGGCACUUCCCUAACCACUGUGACAAUGGGCGAGGUCAUCUCCAAAAGUGCUCAGCAGAUGUGGUCUUUAAAGCGUCCUGCACGUGCUGCACAAGGCCCUAA